AUGGCCUCCACCAACUACGAUGGAGAUAACCUGCAGCCGUGGUCGAUGGCCGUCGUAAUAUGCGUGACGGCGCUGGCGGCCGCGGCUGUGGGCUUGAGGAUGCUUUCACGGUUUGAGAAGAAGACGUCUCUUUGGUGGGAUGACUGGAUGAUUCUGUUCUCAAUGGCCUGGAACCUCAUGGUCGUCGGCUUUAUCUUCGCCAUGCUCCGACACGGAAUGGGACUGCACGCCUCCACGCUGAGGAUAGAUGAUAUCAUCAUGAUUGCCAAGUACCUUGUGGUCGCCGAGAUUCUCUAUGUUUUCAAUCUGGUCUGGACUAAGCUGAGCUUCUUGUUGAUGUUCUACCGCAUUUUUCACUUCGGCUAUUUCAAGAAAUGGGCAUAUAUCAUCGGCACCUUUGUUAUUGCCUGGGUUGUCUGUGUUACCUUCUUAUUCGUGUUCAUAUGCGUCCCGGUCGAGAAGCUGUGGUACCCUGAUCUGCCUGGCCAUUGCAUUGAUCAAGUCGGAACUUGGAUUGCCAAUGCUGCCUCCACCAUCGUCACCGACCUCGCCAUUCUGGUCUUACCUAUCCCCCAGAUAUGGAGCCUGCAGCUCAAGACGAGACAAAAAGUUGCACUCACCAUUAUGUUUGGCCUUGGCUUCUUUGUCAUCUUUGCCUCAGCCUACCGAUUCACCGUUCUGUUCUCCUACAGCGCCGCAGAUCCAUCGUAUACCCUUGCCCCCACUGUCGUCUGGACAGCCAUCGAGAUGUCGGCGGGCAUCAUAUCCGCCUGUCUUCCAACAAUGGGUCCUGCUUUCAUCUUGGUGGCCCGUAUACUAGGCGUGAGCAAGGUGUUAGGGCUCACAACCAACAGAUCCGUAAAUGCGCUCCCUUCGCGCAACCACAGCAAGCUCAACCGCAACCCGCAGCUAAACGGCGGAGCCAACGGCAGAAAUCGUAAAGAAGGUGGAAACGAUAUUGAAGAUGGCUUCUUUCGACUCUCGGACGACACGAACGCGUCUCGCGUAGGGGAUACGACUGGAGACGUCAGGCUGCGACCCGAACAUGACGUGGGGUUUCAAUCGUCGACGGCAGUGGCUACGAAAGGGGAAGCCGAUAGUUGGAGUGGUGAUGAAGUCCCACUACGUAGGAUCAGGGUUCAGACCGACGUCAAGCAAGUCAGGGGCGAAUGA